AUGGGGCACGCUGUACACCAAUUCAAGGCUCUGCUUUGGAAAAAUUGGCUGUGUCGUGUGAGACAACCGGUCCUCUCUCUCACUGAAAUACUGUGGCCAUGUGUACUUUUUUUGAUUCUAGCUGCCAUCCGCUUCCAGGAGCCCCCAAAAUACAAGGAAAACUGUUACUUAGAAGCUCGUGAUUUGCCAAGCCGGGGCCUUUAUCCUUUUGUGCGGACCCUUUUCUGUAAUGUUGGUUCCAGAUGCAGGAACUCCAGUUACACAGCACAGAGGCACGGCCGCUUUGGUGCAAGCCCCCAAAGUGGACCAGAGAGAGCCACUGGACCUGAUCUAGACUUCAUGGAAGAGAUAGAAGAACUUGCAAAGGAAUUUAUUGAUACUACAGAGAAAGCCAUGGUCUUAGAGAAGCUCUGGGAAGAAAACUCGAGGCUCUCAGGGCUCCAUAACAUCACCACUUUUCUUACUAUGGAUUUGAAUGAAGCAGAGAAAAUUAUUUCUAGAGCAGAAAAUCUGUACAAGCAACCAUAUAUCUGGAACCUUCUGCAUUCACUCCCUCAUCUUGAACUGAACAGCUUUUAUACAGAAGAUGAGUUAGCUACCAUAACACAUUUUCUAAAAGUUAUUCAAAAUACCUUAGCAUCACUGAAGGAUUUAGCUAUGAUGCCACUGGGCCAAAGUUUCUAUGAAGUGGUGAAAAUGGCACUGAAUUUGACUGCAGCAUCAGUACAGGAUAGGAGCUUUGAAGGUUUUCAAUACAAUCUUUCUUUUGGGGAUAUUUUGUGGAAUCCACUUGCUGUGAAAGCAGAACUUGAAUCCAGGUUUGGUUUUGAUGGCCCUCAUGUUGAGAAGCUGCUGAGUUAUACAGCACAACUAACACAGAUUCCCACAGGAGAGACACUGGAGCAGUUUGUGUGCUCUGCUCUGGCUGUUGUCCCAGAGAAUGAAGCAAACAAAGAGAAUAAUGGAGAGGGCUGUAAUUCUGCACAGCAUGAAGCCAAACUGUAUCUUGUUCAUGCUGUCAGCAAGUUCAAACUCUAUGCACAGUUUCAAGUUCCGUUUGAUUUGUCACUUGAUGUAAAUGUAAAUACUUUAUAUGAAGAUGUGUCUAAUGAUGAUCUGGUUUUAAAUAUUAAGAGCAAUAACACUCUGUUGAAACUUCUUUACGAGACUUCAAAAAGUAUGUCAUCUUCUCAAGUAUGGCAUGAUUUGCAAAAUAAGGAAUUAGUUUUUGAUUUUCUGUUUGAAACUUUCGAUCUUCUCUGGAACCUCACCAGUAAGUCUCUCUGUGAAAAGUUACUGUUAAUUUACAACUACACAGAGUUUCAGGCACAAUUUCUUGCACAGAAUGGAAAAAAACAUAUACAAGUUGUUUAUGACACUCUGAGCAGCCUUAAAACUUUAUUUAUAGAUGAAGAGCUCCAAACAGAUAUCUUAUGUUUUUUGGAAGAAUUUCUUGAUCUGUCUCCAGGAUGCCUGGUAAAUAAUGGGUGCACUGAUUUUUACCUAGCAAACGUGAGUUCAGCAGAGGUUUAUAACUUAUUUCUGCUUCCAUUGGACAGUGUCCUGUCUAAUGUACCAAACUGGGGAGAUAAGGUAAGUGUGCCUUCUGCUUUGCACUGCACUUUUACGUGGCUUCAGGCAUGGACAGAGAUUUUUGAAGAAGCAUCAGAAAUCUUAAAUUUGAAUUCAACCUGUUUUGUUUGCCUAAAAGAUGAUUUGGCAUAUCUCUCUGGAAACCUUUUAAAUGUAUCUCAAGAUGAACUGUGCAAUAAUACAGCUAUGGCUAUUGUUGAAGCUACAGAAGCAGCAAUGAAGCUAUUAAAAGCUCUAUUUCAGGAACAUGGCAAUUUAAAUGACUUGAAAGAUUUUGAGGUGUUCCUUGUUAAUCUUCAAAGUGUAAUUAACAAUACGUUUGAUGUCACAAACUUGCUUAAAGAUGGCAAUUUCGAAAGUGUUCUAGAGACAAUAGGAGCUAUGAUAAUCACAAUGCAGAAAUCUAUACUGACGAUAGUUAACGAAGAGUUUUUGAAUUCUUGGCUUGAUGCUUUCAUCUCUGGAGGAUCUGAGGAAGAAGAUAAGGGUGCUGGUGUAUUUUCCAUUGGAAAUUCCCUUUCUACUAUUCUUAAGCUCUCUCAAAAGGAACUUGAAAUUAUUCUCACUGAGAUAAAUGACACAUCUUCUUUUUUAAUAACUGUAACUCGAGACAAAUAUAUGGCUUGUAUCAGCAUUUUCCAGAAUAUUACCAAACUAAUUUUGGAUAAUACUCUGAAAGACAUAAACUACUUGCAAACAAAUCUUCCAUCUCAACUUAACUCCUUUCUAAACUUUCAUAGUACAAUGGAUGAAGAAGAGGAUUGUAACACAUGGAUACAUGGAUUAAGUAAUCUUACUGAAAAAUACAAGUCACCUUCCCAACUUGAAACUGCAAAACAUAUUUUAUUUCUCCUGCAAUCUCUGGGAAAUGCUGAGACAGAUAUUAAACUAAUGAAUGUGAUGGACUUUGUUAAUUUGGUUUUUAAUUUGACACUCCCUGAAUGUUCCCUGGGUGGUUCUGAUGUGAUUUGUGUAAGUGUUUAUUUCAAUAUCAUAGCAAAAACUUUGAAAUUUAUUCUCCCCGAAUUUUAUGUAAAAGAUGACGUUAAUGUGCUUGAAUUGAUUUUUAAACUUUUAAAUAACUCUGGAGAGCAAAUACAAACUGUUAUCAGUGAUUUAGUUGGGAGCUCAUUGUACAUGUCAAAUAAGACCCAUUUUAGUCAGUCAACCCGUGGUUUUAACAGGACCUCAAGGAUGCUCCUUAAUCCUUUUCACCACAUUCGUCUUUUAUCAGUGGAACUUUUGUCAGAAAUUCAAAGUCUUCUGAAAAACAAAACUUUUGAAAACAACUCCUCUCAUUUGGACAAUGAGAUUGAACAUUUCUUGCAUGGGAAAAAUAUCAGUUUGUUGAUGGAGUUCUUUCAAUAUAUGAUUAAAAAGCUUGACUCAAACUUGCAGAAUGAACACAAAACAUUUCCUCAGAAACUGAUAGAAACAGCAGGUCUGAAUAUUGAACUGGUAAGGAAGGCACUUGAAAUUUUCAACUCUCCUACUUUUACUUUCUUUCCAUUAAGAGAUGAAAAGUUGUUUCUAAAGCAUGUGGGUACCUUGGUGCAAAAUAUGAGAAACAUGGAUGUUGAGUUUUUGAUAAGUAGAUUCAAACAGGUCCAGGAGAACCUAGAAAAUUUCUUUAAAAAUAUCAAACCUUUUUCUCUUGAGAACUCUGAGUUAGGUACUUUAGCAGACUGGUGGGAUGCAUUUGAGAACAUAUCAUGUUACUGGAACCUGACUGGUGUAUGGCAAAUAACACAGCUUUUUGAACAAGAUGAGCCCUACACUAUAGAAGAUGUGUUCAACUUCAUCUUUGAUGUCAUCAGCCUUACAGAAAGAUUGGCUCAUGGAAAUGUUACAGAAGCAUUAACUGAAAUAUAUGCUUUCAUACUGACUCAGGAAGAAAAAAUGCCAAUGUUUACUGAUGAGGAGUUCUCUGACCAAGUAGAAGAUCUUCUAACAUUGCUGGAGAUGUUGGCAGACAUCUCUGAUGAACCUGGAGAAGCCUCUGUUUGUUUUUCUGCAGCAUUCUGUUGGACUCUCACAACAGCAACACCUCUCACAACAGCAGCACCUCAGAGUGAUCCCACUAUUCAACUUUGUGACUUUGUACAUACCAAUUCUACUCUUCAUUACAAUGCAGUCAUUGAAGUAAUUAAGAAGCUUAAAGUCAUCAGUCUGGAUGACAGUUUCACUUGCUUUAUGGAGGGCAUUCAGAUGGAUAUCACUCGCAAUCUGACUUGCUUUUUUCAUCAGAUCAAAGAAUGGAACUCUAUAAUUUUGAAGUAUUCUGAGCUCCAUCAUAUAAACAGCUCAGUUCUCAAAGAGCUGCUAGAUUUUUGGAAUGAGUUAUCCCUUUAUGCUGUGCCACUCCAGGUGAAUAAUACACAUGCAAUCAAUUGUUCCUCCACACCAAAGAGCCAAAUGGCUUUACAAAUUGUAGAAACUCUGGGCAGCAUUUCAGUGUCAGAAAUGGAGAUGGCCAAACGUCUUCUUGAACAGCUUGAUAAUCUUUAUGGUGGCCUAAGCUGGAGCAGAGGGUCAAGAACAUCACUUAAGAAUGCUCUUACUAAUGUGAAGAAUAUGACCAGUGAAGUUUCUAGGCUCCUGAAUACUGAAGCUGUCCUUUCUUUUCUUUCUGUAAUUCAGCCUUUAAUGACUCUGUCACCUGUUGGAAACCAGACACACGCAAUUCUUUUGACAGUAUCAGCUUUAAGUGGGAACAUCAGUAUAUCUGACAACUUUGAGAACUUCUGGUUUCCUGUAGUUGCAAGCAUAGAAAAUUUAUUGGUGAAUUUCAGUGUUAGACCCUUACUUGUGGUGAUAAAUCAAGAGUUUCAAUUACUAAAAUUUGCCACUGGACAGUCCCCUUCAAUGGCUCCUGAUGUUUUGCUAGAGCAGUUUAACACAUCAUCUGUAGAUGUUAUAUCAAGAAAUUUUGAAGAUAUACAAGACAUUGUGAAGAACAUUCUAUGUGAAUGUAGCAAUAAAAAUUAUUCUAAAAUAGUGCAUGCUCUAAUUCUCAUUAUGACUAAUGAAAGUUCAUCAAAUGACCUACUGCUAGCUGUCAAAGAUAUUAUUGGCUUUCUGGAGCUAUUCCAAAAUAAGUCUAAGAAGGACUACCUUGGUAUAUUGUUUGAUGACAGUCAUUUUAGCAGAGAGAAAUUGAAUAAUGCUUAUGCUGCUUUUUCAGUUUUGCUAAACAGCUUCCUUCAUACACUUGCUGAUCUCGAUGUUGUAGAAGAAACUUUGCAUACAAACAUUACUGAGCUUCAUAAAGUUGACUUCGUUGAUUCAUUUUUUUAUAAUGCCCUAUAUAGAGACACUUCUACUCAGUCCCAAAGCAGAACUCUGGAGAUCAUGCAAGAGAUUUUGCAAAUAUUUUUUCAGUCUACUGCAGAACACGACAGGAAUAAAAUAAAACUCUUACUAAUGAAUUUGAAUAAGGAUGUAAUGGCAGAACUGAGUUUGGGUUUGAAAGUUACUGCUCACUGGAAGUGUGAAGAUGGAUUAACGGGUCACUUGCUCCUCGCUGUCUUUGAAGGGAUUGCUGUGGUUCAAGAUCAUUAUCAGGAUGUUGGAAGAUAUUUGCCUGCUUUCAAAAAGGGGGAUUGUGAGAGUAUGGCAUAUAUAAACCAAAAACUUUCCAGUGCUUUGGAGAACUUUGUGGGAACCUUGCAGAAUAUCAGCAGUGACAGCUGUGAAUGUCAUCUAAUGUUGGGGAACAUCCAGAGACGACUGCAAAUGGUGACUGAAAAUCUGGACCUGCAAUUGUCAGAAAAUCCAGCGGCAGCUUUCCUCAGCAAUUUUAAUCUUGUGAAUGAUGUUAAAGUCAAAGAUUUUGUGCGGAAUAUUAGUCAGUUGAGGCUGGACAUUGGUUCCUCUGUUAAUAUUUCUGAAGAAACUGUCAAUACCCUCUUGGAAGCCAGUGUCUCUCAUUCAGAGGUUCUUUACAGUGCCUUUGUGGUAGCCUUAACUGGAAGGUGUAAUGAAGAAGUGCUUGGCCUACUGCUAAAGCUGCCUGAAAACAAUAAAACUUCCCUGGUAGUGGAAGAAUUAUGUUCUUUACCAGCACUGGACUUAUACACCACGUUUGUAUUGAUUAUACAAAAUUUGAAUGUACGUCACAUCAUGUACAAGGUCCAGAUACCACCUGAGAUAAGCAAUGUAUUAAAUAUGCUACUGGAUGUGGUUUCUAGUAUCAGUUCACUUCUCAAUAAAGUUCACCAUGUCAUAGAAAAGCUUCCAGUGUUCCUCCAAGGAAUCCAAAAUAUGGGUGUGCUUGACAUCUCUGCAUUGCAGCAGUUUUUGAAAGGUGGGCAGUUCAGAAGUUCAGCUGUUGGAUCCCUGGAGUCUGUAAUCAAGGCAGUGUGUAAAGAAGAAUCUUCAUUUUUCAGCAAUGCAAACCUGUUCAUGGACAUGCCCAGAGUCAUGGGACUUUUGGAGGACAAUAUGGCAAAAUAUGGCAUUCCUGAAGACUCAACUCCUUUUUGCUUGAAGCUUUAUCAGGAGAUUUUGCAGGCUCCUAAUGGGGCUUUGCUAUGGACUUUCCUGAAACCUUUAUUACAUGGGAAGAUACUGUACAAUUCAAACAUCAACAUGAUUGACCUGGUGAUGGAGAGGGCCAAUUUCACUUUUGGUUUUGUGGAAAACUUGAAGACUUAUUCUGAGACAUGGCUUAGGAUGUCUGAGAUUUUUAAAACCAGUGGAAAUGUUCUCACAGUGUCACGACUGCAGGAAGCCCUGAAAAACAAUUUUGUAAAGCAUUUCAUAGAAAGUAAUUUGGAUAUCAACAUGGAAAAGCUCCUUAAAAAAAUGCAAACAUAUGAAACUAUGACGAACAAGAUGCUGAACAGCUCAGCGAGUAAACAGAUCGACCUGUUGACACAGCUUGUUGUGAACAUCUCUUCCUGUGUGUUACUGGACCGCUUCCAGCCUUUUGACUCUAUAGAGAAAUUGGAGGAGAAAGCCCAUGAACUCAUGCAGGAAAAUAAUCUUUUGGCUAGUAUCAUCUUCAACACACCAGAGGAUGAGAAGCAAGAUUCCAGCAAUCUCCUUCCAAGACACAUUUCAUAUACAAUUAGAACCAGUGUUCUCUACAGCAUGAGAACAGAUUUGAUUAAAAACCCAACAUGGAAAUCCCAUCCCCACAAACUGCCAGCUGAUGGGUUUAAAUACAACCAUGUCUUUAUUCCUCUUCAAGACAUGAUUGAAAGGGCAAUUAUUUCAGCACAGACUGGGACAGACAACUCAGAGACAGCAAUUCAGGUGCAAGCCAUGCCUUACCCUUGUCAUACCAGUGAUCUAUUCUUGAACAACACAGGUUUUUUUUUCCCACUUAUGAUGAUGUUAACAUGGAUGGUUUCAGUUGCUGGUAUGGUUCGCAAGCUGGUUUAUGAAAGAGAAAUUCACCUUGAAGAGUAUAUGAAGACAAUGGGUGUGUAUCCAGCCAUUCAUUUCUUUGCUUGGUUUUUGGAAAAUGUCAUUGUGCUCACAGUAAGCAGCUGUGCUCUGGCCAUCAUUUUAAAAGCGAGUGGUAUCUUUGCUUAUAGCAAUGGCUUUCUUAUCUUCCUUUUUCUCUUGGAAUUUGGAGUAACAGUUAUCAUGUUAAGCUAUUUUUUGGGAGCAUUUUUCAGCAGUGCCAAUACAGCAGCUCUGUGUGCCAGCCUUGUCUAUAUGAUCAGCUUUUUACCCUACAUAGUUUUGUUGGUCUUGCAGAACCAGCUGGGUUUCACCAACCAGAUUAUAAUGUGUCUUCUUUCUACAACCGCCUUUGGGCAAGGAAUAUUUUUCAUUACAUAUUUUGAGGGCCAAGAAAUAGGAAUUCAGUGGGAUAAUGUGCACCAGUCAAUGGCACAAGGAGGAUACAUGACCUUUGGAUGGAUGUGCUGGAUGAUGCUCUUUGACUCCAUUUUAUAUUUUGUAGGUGGCUGGUAUUUCAGCAAUAUUUUUCCUGGUAAAUUUGGAUUAAAGAACCGAUGGAACUUUCCCUUUACUGCUUCCUACUGGAAGAACCUGUUUGGUACAGAGAGAAGCAAGGGACAUUAUCUGAAUUCUAAUAUGUUUUUCUUCAAUGAAAACUUCCAAGAAAAAGGUUUAUCUCUAAGUAGCAAUGACUGGAAAAUCCCUUGCAAUGAAGGAGCCACCAUUGGUGUUGUGUUGCUGUCCCUCACCAAAGAGCACAUGGAUGGUCAGAAGGCUGCUGUGAAAGACCUCAACCUCACUUUCCAUAAGGGUCAGAUAACAGCACUCUUGGGCCCUAAUGGAGCUGGAAAGACAACAGUUAUCUCCCUGCUGACUGGUCUGUAUCCACCAAGCUCUGGUACCAUUAUUGUUGAUGGGAAGGACAUCAGGACUGAGCUGGCUGCCAUCAGGACAGAGCUGGGUGUUUGUCCCCAGUACGAUGUCCUGUUCAGCACGCUGACGGUGCGGGAGCAUCUCCUGCUCUAUGGGUCAGUGAAGGCACCAGGGUGGACAAAAGAACAGUUGAAUGAGCAAGUCAGUGGAGUUCUGGAAGAUGUGGAUUUAUCCCAGCAUCAGUACAAACCUGUUGGAGCCCUUUCUGGGGGAAUGAAAAGGAGGCUGUCAAUUGCCAUCUCCUUUAUUGGAAACUCAAAGACAGUUGUGCUGGAUGAGCCCACCAGUGGAGUAGAUCCAUGUUCUCGCCGUAGUAUCUGGGAUGUUCUUCUGAAGUACAAAGCUGGUUGCACACUGAUCUUCACCACUCACCACCUGGAUGAGGCCGAGGUGCUCAGCGAUCGCAUUGCCAUCCUGCAGCGGGGCCAGCUCAGGUGCUGCGGCUCGCCCUCUUACCUCAGGGAGACAUAUGGCCAGGGACACAGUCUGACGCUCAUUAAAAAGCCCUCUGUGUUUGAAAUCCAGGACCCUAAGCACAUUGUUCAGGUCACAUCUCUGGUACAGACCCACAUUCCAGAAGCCUUCUUGAAAGAGAACAGUGGGAGUGAGCUGACCUAUGUGAUUCCAGAAAGGGCAGAUAAGACCUCUUUUAAAGGUCUUUUUCAAGCUUUAGAUCAAAGCCUUCAGCAUCUGCAUGUGACUGGCUAUGGCAUUUCUGACACAACUUUGGAAGAGGUUUUUCUGAAGCUGCUGCAGGAGUCAGAAAAGAAGCCUUAUGUUCCACAGGCAGCAAACCUGGACCAUACAAAUGGUGCUGAAUCAGUAUAUAUUUCCCUUGCGGGAGCCUCGGGCGUGCGUGGAGCCCGCCUUGUCCUCUCACAGGUGGCUGCCCUUCUGACGAGGAGGUUUCUCCACACUCGGCGAGACGUCAGGGGCAGCCUGGCGAGCGUGCUGCUGCCCGUGCUCUUCGUGGCACUGGCAAUGGCCUUGUUCAGCGUGAAGCCUCUGGCCGUCCAUUAUCCUCCUCUCAAGCUGACACCAAGACUUUACGAUAACGCAGAAUCCUUCUUUAGCACUGAAGAUGACUACCUAGGAAAACUUUCUCAGGUUCUGCUGGGAUACUUCUCUGAUUGGGACCACACAUGCACACAUUCACAAUACAGAAAAAAUAAUUCAUGCUGGCAGAUGGAAUCUAUGUCACCUCAAGAUUCAUGCAAAUGUGUGUCUGAACAGGAGAUGUGCCCAAGUUUCAAUACCUCUGCUCCCUAUAUGAAGAAUAAGAAAGGACAUAUUUUGUAUAAUCUUUCAGGGUUCCCUGUAGAAGAGUAUUUAUUGAGGUCUUUCAACAAAACAAGAUAUGGUGGUUGGUCUUUCGGAGGGACAAAAGCAUUUGAACCUCAAGAUAAAAAAUUGAAUAGCACCAAAUCUCAGCCUCUGGCUAAGGUGUGGUAUAACCAAAAAGGUUUCCAUUCACUGCCAUCCUACUUAAAUGAACUCAAUAACUUUGUUCUGUGGCUGAAUUUACCUUCUAAUGUGGAUUGGAGACAGUAUGGGAUAACACUCUACAGCCAACCAUAUGGAGGAGCCUUGUUGGAUGAGGAUAAAAUAAUGGAGAACAUCCGUCAGUGUGGGGUGGCACUGUGUAUCAUGCUGGGUUUCUCAAUCCUCACUGCAUCCAUCGGAACUGCCACAGUGAAAGACAGAGUAUCUGGGACAAAACGCUUGCAACACAUCACAGGCCUGGGUUACAAAACUUACUGGCUUGCUAACUUCUGCUGUGAUAUGCUGUUUUACAUGGUUCCAGUCACCCUGUGUGUUGGUGUUAUUAGUGCCUUCCAGCUAUCAGCCUUCACUUUCCGAAAGAACUUGGCAGCCACUGUUCUCCUGCUGAUACUCUUUGGAUAUGCAACUUUACCUUGGAUGUAUCUUGUAUCAAGAUUCUUCUCAAGUUCAGAUGUAGCUUUUAUUUCUUACAUCUCCUUAAAUUUUGUGUUUGGCCUGUGUACCAUGCUGGUGACCCUCUUACCUCGCUUGUUAGCUAUAAUUUCCAAAGUGCAGAGUUUUCAGAACAUCUACAAUAUCCUCAAAUGGGCAUUCAUCAUAUUCCCACAAUUCUGCCUAGGCCAGGGUUUAAUAGAACUUUCGUACAAUCAGAUCAAAUUUGACUUGACCAGGAAUUUUGGAAUAGAUUCUUACGUGAGUCCCUUUGAGAUGGAUUUCCUGGGCUGGAUUUUUGUGGAAAUGUCCCUUCAGGGAACACUACUGCUUCUUUUACGUCUUUUCCUUCAUUGGGAUCUCCUCUGGAAACCAAGGGGCCAUUGCUCAGCUAACAGCAUGGGCAGCCCUUCAGAAGAUGUUGAUGUAGAGAUGGAGCGGCAGAGACUCUUUGGUGGAAGAACUGCUAAUGAUGUCCUGCUUCUGUACAACCUCAGGAAGUGUUACGGAGGCUUCAGUAAGAAGAACACAGCUGUGGAAAACAUAAGCUUGGGCAUACCAAGGGGAGAGUGUUUUGGACUCCUGGGAACAAAUGGAGCUGGGAAAAGCACAACAUUUAAGAUGCUGACUGGAGAUAUCAUCCCAUCUGCAGGACGUGCUGUUAUCAGGACUCCUACUGGGUCUGAAAUGGAUAUACUCUCUGCUAGCUCUGAAGGUAUUCUUAUUGGAUAUUGUCCACAGCAAGACGCCCUGGAUGAACUUUUAACUGGUUGGGAGCAUCUUUAUUAUUACUGCACACUGCGUGGAAUUCCAAAGCAGGAUAUGCAUAAGGUUGCAGAGGACCUUGUUGACCGGUUACACCUGAACGCUCAUGCUGACAAACUGGUGAGAACAUACAGUGCUGGCACAAAGAGGAAGCUCUCCACUGCUGUGGCUUUAGUUGGUAAACCCCAAAUACUUUUACUGGAUGAGCCCAGCUCUGGGAUGGAUCCCUGCUCUAAACGCUACCUUUGGAAAGCUAUCUUGAAGGAAGUUCAGGAUGGCUGUGCAGCUGUGCUGACAUCCCAUAGCAUGGAAGAAUGUGAAGCUCUCUGCACAAGGCUUGCUAUUAUGGUCAAUGGAGCUUUCAAGUGUCUUGGGUCUCCCCAGCACAUUAAAAACAGGUUUGGAGAUGGUUAUUCUGUCAAGGUUUGGCUUAGCAAAGAGAUAAGUUAUGGAAGAAUGAUUUUGGACUGUCUACAACUGAAUUUUCCUGGAACACAGUUUAAGGGACAACAUCUUAAUCUGCUUGAGUACCAUGUACCGAGAAGUCAGGGAUGUUUAGCAGAGCUCUUCAGAGUCCUAGAGAAUCACAAAACUUUUCUCCAAAUCAAACACUACUCCAUUAGCCAAACCACAUUAGAGCAGGUAUUCAUUAAUUUUGCGACACAGCAACAAGGAGUCUCGCUUUCUUCACAAGGAUCUCCUGUUGUUCAUCAUGAUCAUCUCCCAGUCUAG